AUGUCUUCUUAUCCUCAAACAUCUUCCCAGUAUUCUCAACACCCACCGAUGUCCUCUUAUCCACCAACUUCUUCCCAGUAUUCUCAUCAUCCACCGAUGUCCUCUUACCCACCAACAUCUUCCCAGUAUUCUCAACACCCACCGAUGUCCUCUUACCCAUCAACAUCUUCCCAGUAUUCUCAACAUCCACCGAUGUCUUCUUAUCCUCCAACAUCUUCCCAGUAUUCUCAACAACCAUCGAUGUCCUCUUAUCCACCAACUUCUUCCCAGUAUUCUCAACAUCCACCGAUGUCCUCUUACCCACCAUCAUCUUCCCAGUAUUCUCAACACCCAUCGAUGUCCUCUUAUCCUCCAACUUCUUCCCAGUAUUCUCAACACCCACCGAUGUCUUCUUAUCCUCCAACUUCUUCCCAGUAUUCUCAAUACCCACCAAUGUCUUCUUAUCCACCAACAUCAUCCCAGUAUUCUCAACAACCACCGAUGUCCUCUUAUCCACCAACUUCUUCCCAGUAUUCUCAACAACCACCGAUGUCCUCUUAUCCUCCAACAUCUUCCCAGUAUUCACAACACCCACAGAUAUCCUCUUAUCCACCAAUAUCUUCCCAGUAUUCUCAGUACCCACCGAUGUCUUCUUAUCCUCUAACUUCUUCCCAGUAUUCUCAGUACCCACCGAUGUCUUCUUACCCACCAACAUCUUCCCAGUAUUCUCAACACCAACAGAUAUCCUCUUAUCCACCAACAUCUUCCCAGUAUUCUCAACACCCACCGAUGUCCUCUUACCCAUCAACAUCUUCCCAGUAUUCCCAAUAUCCAACAAUGUCGUCUUAUCCUCCAGCUUCCUCGCAGUAUUCGCAAUAUUCAUCAAUAUCCUCCCAUUCUCAAUUCCCAACGUCGUCUUCACAAUAUUCUCAAUACCAAUCAUUUUCUUCUAAUCCUCCCUUAUCUUCACAGAAUUCAGUUUACCAGUCGUAUACUCCUACAUCUUCACAAUAUUCUCAAUAUUCUACAAUGUCUUCAGCAUCUGUGCAAUCAAUGCCAGCUUCUACAGGUAUCACAUCCCAGCAAAUGACUACACAAGGCAUGCAAACGUCAACACAAGCUUCUAUUGGACAGACAACAACAGCUGGUGGACACCCGGCAACUUCAGCUGGGCAGAGCACAACAUCGCCUCCAGUAGGACAAACCACAACAUCCUUUUCAGCUGGACAGACUACAACAUCGUCUUCAGCUGGACAGACAACAACAGCUGGUGGACACCCGGCAACUUCAGCUGGGCAGAGUACAACAUCGUCCCCAGCGGGACAGACCACAACAUCGUCUUCAGCUGGACAGACCACUACAUCUUCUUCAGCAGGACAGACCACAACAUCUUCUUCAGCGGGACAGACCACAACAUCGCCUCCAGCUGGACAGACCACAACUUCUUCAGCGGGACAGACCACAACAUCUUCUUCAGCUGGACAGACCACAACAUCUUCUUCAGCGGGACAGACCACAACAUCUUCUUCAGCUGGACAGACUACAACAUCUUCUUCAGCGGGACAGACAACAACAUCAAGUAAUUGUCAGCCAGGAUCUGGGUCUUGUAUCGUGCAAAUGGAUUCUUUGGGUGCUGGAGCGGAUUCAAGAAUGGAAUCACGCCUGAUGUAUGUGCUGUUCAGCGUUUUUGCCAGUGCCGUUUGUUUCAUUUUAUUGUAUUAGUAUAAGGUUUCUGAGUCUCCUAGGAGAUAAAUCAACUGAAACUUAAAAUAGUAGUGUGUUGAGUCAGCUCUUAAUAUAUGAAGCUGAGAAGAAAGUACUUAAUAAUUAUGUAAUGAGAUGACGAUUACUUUCAAUCCGAGAAAGAAAUAUUUAU